GUUAAAAGGCCUCCUAAUCUUAAUUCUUAACUGAAACUGUAACAAGAGAUUAAUACAAAAAGUUGACCAAAGAAUUAUGGACUAAAGCAGCCAAGCCUAGCAAUACCAACUUUUUGUAAAGCCAAUAAAAAAUUCAGGGUAAAACCCUCCAAAUAUUGAUGAAGGGAUAGAAGAAACUCUUUGAGAAAGUCAUGGCAUCACCAUGUAUGGCCCUUUUAUGAUGCCGGCAGCUAAAGUUGUUACCUUCUCCUUGUCACUGUCAUCCAGAAGAACAGUACAUUAACUUGUUGUUUCAUUAGCCAAUUGGCAGUGUAGUAUAACUGCUAGCCUAAGCUACCAUAAAUCAGUUAACCAAAGAAGUUUAAAGCUAAUUUCACUAUUCUGAUCAAGAACAGGAACCUAGCACAUUACCCAACACUGCUGCUAUUGCUGCUGCUGCUGCAAGAAUGUGUGUAAACCCCAUCUGGAUAAGCUUCAUUGUCAUCUUUUUGUUCUUUCCAGUGACCUUCUCAGAGGAUGAAGUGGUGAAGCGGGCACUGGUGAGAUUCAUGGACAAACUUGCACCAGGGAAUUCACAAAGACAUGCCAAGUACUGGGGUUGGAACCUUGCUUCAGAUCCUUGCAGUGAUAACUGGCAUGGUGUGAGCUGCAUAAGAGGGAAAGUUAACACCAUAUUUCUUGAUGAUUCCAGCUUGAAUGGGACUCUAGACACCAGUUCUCUUUGCAUGGCAAAGUCUCUUCAAAGCCUUAGCCUAAAGAGAAACAAGUUACAUGGAUUGAUACCAGAGGAUUUAGGAGCUUGCAAGUCUUUGACUCAAUUGUAUUUAAGUGACAACAGCUUCUCGGGUGAUCUUCCCAAUUCUCUUGAAGAAUUAGGCAAUUUGAAGAGGCUUCAUGUUGCUAGAAACAACUUCUCUGGAGAGCUUUCUAAUGUAAUUCAUCUCUCAGGGUUGAUAUCUUUUCUUGCUGAGAAAAACAAAUUCACUGGGGAAAUUCCUGAUUUUAACUUCUCUAAGCUUUUGGAGUUUAAUGUCUCCAACAACAAUUUAGAGGGUUCAAUUCCUGAUGUCAGAGGGGAAUUCUAUGCAGAAAGCUUUUCUGGAAAUCCCAAUUUAUGUGGAACACCACUUCCAAAGGCUUGCUCUCCUACUCCUCCUCCACACUCAGAGAAAGAAACAGAAUCCUUUAUUGAUAAGUUGGGUGCUUAUUCUGGUUAUCUUGUUCUUGGUUUAAUUGUCCUGUUUUCGUUAGGCUGCAUUUUGGCAACGAAAUUCAAGACCAAAGAAGAAGCAUUGAUUGUUGAAAAGAAGAUGAGAAGAGAAAACUCUAUUGAAACUAAGAGUGGCACUGAGACCAGAUCCAAGAGUUCAAUGUCAUCCCUUGAAAAUGGGAUGAACAUGUCAUCAUCGUCAUCAUCAUCAUCAACUCUUGUUGUUUUCUCACGCCCUGAGUUGAAGCGAUUGCAACUUGAGGACUUGCUGAGAGCUCCUGCUGAAUUGAUUGGGAGAGGAAGACACGGAAGCCUCUUCAAGGUGAUGCUAGACAAUGGAGUGCUUUUGGCAGUCAAGAGGAUCAAUGACUGGGGGAUUUCAAAACAAGAUUUUGAGAGAAGGAUGAAUAAGAUUGGUCAAGUGAAGCAUCCAUAUGUAGUUCCACUUGUUGCAUAUUAUUGCUCACCACAAGAGAAGCUAUUGGUGUAUGAAUACAUGGAGAAUGGGAGUCUCUUCCAAAUGCUUUUAGGAUCUCCAAGUGGCCAAUCUUUUGAGUGGGGAAGCAGACUUAAGAUUGCUUCUAAAAUAGCUGAGGCUUUGGCUCAUAUCCAUGAGGAGCUUCAUGGAAGUGGUAUAGCUCAUGGUAACUUAAAAUCAAGUAACAUUUUGUUUGGAAAGAAUAUGGAUCCCUGCAUAAGCGAAUACGGUCUGAUGGUGGUUGAAGAUCAAGCUCAAAGUGAAAUUUCUCACAGAAGAAGAUUCAAAAACAAGAAUCUAGCUACUUCUCAUGCAUAUAGAACCUUCAAAGUUGAUACAUAUGCCUAUGGUGUGAUCCUUCUGCAGCUUCUGACUGGAAAAAUAGUCCAGAACAAUGGGCUCAAUCUUGCUGAAUGGGUGAGUUCAGUGAUCAGAGAGGAAUGGACUGCAGAAGUUUUUGACAAGUCAUUGAUUUCACAAGGUGCUAGUGAAGAGAGGAUGGUGAACUUGUUGCAUGUAGCACUGCAAUGUGUAAAUUCUUCUCCAAAUGAUAGACCAAGCAUGAGUGAUGUUGCAGCAAUGACAAUUGCAUUGAAAGAGGAAGAAGAAAGAUCCACAAUCUUCAACUCAUGAGCUGAGACUUUAAUUACGAUAGUAAACUUCUAUUCUUCAUAUCAGCUCACAAAAGAAAUGUUCUAUAAUAGUAUAUAACAUGCAUAUAAAAAUCGAGUUUCUUUUUUAUGUCGGGAAGUGUGUGAUAUGUGAUCAGUAUCCUUCUGUAUGAAAAAAAAUUGAUUUUGAUGAUAGGAGAAGAAAAUGGAAAUAUGUAUCCAUUCCUAAACCCAAAGUGUAAAACUUAAAAGAGAAAAGAGAACAGAGAAAAAGAGGCAAAAAUAAGGACAGCCCACUAGUAUUUUGGGCAUUUCUAUCAAAGAGGAUCUACAAAUAAGUAUUUCUUUUCUUCAAUGUUUUCGUCCGAAAGCCACCACAAAUGAAAGAAUGCAAUACUUAUUAAGGUUUUAAAUUACGGUUGCAACUGCAUUGCAGAAUUACGAACAAAUGAAGAUUUGAAACGACUGCAAUUGGA